AUGACCAUUUGUCCUGCCAGUGCCGGAGGGCAGGAGCCAGUUUCUGAAUUUGCCUUCAGGGGGCCUGACCGCAUCCUGGCCAGCCCCCUCUUCCUCCCUAAGUUGCCUUUGCAUCUUGUUUUGCUCCCAUCUUCCCCUUCCCUCGGUCAUGUGAUGCAGGAAGAGAGCGCAAAUGCUAUGGAAUGGGAGCAACUGCCAACAGAGACGCUGCGACAAGUGACCAUUCGCCGAGACCCUAUAUAUGGCUUUGGCUUCGUGGCUGGCAGUGAGCGGCCCGUGGUGGUGCGAUCUGUGAGGCCAGGAGGCCCCUCUGAGGACAAGCUCCUGGCUGGUGACCAGAUUGUGGCUAUUAAUGAGGAGGACGUGAGUGAAGCCCCCAGGGAGAGGUUCAUAGAACUCAUCAGGAGCGCUAAGGAAUUCAUCGUUCUUACAGUUCUGCACACUCAUCAGUCCCCCAAAUCUGCCUUCAUCAGCGCUGCGAAGAAGGCCAGGCUGAGAUCGAAUCCCGCAAAGGUCCGAUUUUCUGAGCAGGUGGCAGUUGGAGAAACAGACGCGAAAAUGAUGAAGAAAGAAGCUCUUCUCCUCAUCCCCAACGUCCUGAAGGUUUUCUUAGAAAAUGGGCAGAUUAAAUCAUUCACUUUUGAUGGCCGGACCACUGUUAAGGAUGUCAUGGUAACAUUACAGGACCGUCUUUCCCUGAGGUACAUUGAGCACUUCGCUCUGGUCCUUGAGUAUGCUGGGCCGGAACAGAACCACAAGUUCCUGCUUCUCCAGGACAAGCAGCCUCUGGCUUAUGUGGUACAGCGGACACACUACCAAGGAAUGAAAUGCCUCUUCCGAAUAAGCUUCUUUCCCAAAGACCCCGUGGAACUGCUGCGUCGGGAUCCCGCUGCUUUCGAGUACCUGUACAUCCAGAGUCGGAAUGAUGUUAUCCGCGAACGCUUUGGAAUGGACCCCAAGCCGGAGAUGCUUUUGGGCCUUGCUGCCCUCCACAUCUAUAUCACGGUCUCGGCCACUCGACCUAGUCAGAAGAUCUCGCUCAAGAAUGUGGAGAAGGAAUGGGGCCUGGAACCCUUUCUUCCCCCCUCCCUCCUACAGGGCAUCAAAGAGAAGAACCUCCGGAAAUCUCUCUCACAGCAACUGAAGGCCCACCAAACACAUCCUUCCAGUGGCACCAAGGGCUCUGCAAUUCAGGCAAAGCUCCAGUAUCUUCGAAUUCUGAAUGAACUUCCAACAUUCACGGGCGUUUUGUUCAACACUGUGGGCCUGGACGAGAAGCAGUCAGCCACCACUCUCCUGGUGGGACCCCGUCACGGCAUCAGCCAUGUUAUUGACCUCAAAACCAACCUCACCACUGUGCUGUCCGAGUUCAGCAAGAUCAGUAAGAUCCAGCUGUUCCGGGAGAACCAGGGCGUGGCCCGGGUGGAGACCAGCAUCAUGGAUGCCAAGCCUCUGGUGCUGUUGAUGGAGUGGCCCGAAGCCACCAACUUUGCCUGCCUGAUCGCAGGGUACUGCCGUCUCCUGCUGGACUCCAGGAAGAUGGUCUUUUCCAGGCCUGCCAGCCAGCCUCUUCCACCUCCAAUGAUCAAGGCAGAUUACAUGCACAGCGCCCACCGCCCUGUCCCUGGGGGCCACCUGGGGAAAAAGGAGAGUAGUUAUGUGGGCAGCAUGGGCACCAGCCCCAGGAAGUCGAGCCGCUGCACGCCCCCGCCUGCCGACUCUGAGCUUGUCAGCUUUUGCUACCUCCACAUGCGGGAACAAAGGAAGGAACAGGAAAGCCGGACGGACGUCAACGAGAACUUAAUCUUCUUUGAGGAGACCAGGCCCCGGACCAAGUCUGACCCCACGUCCAAAAGCUCUGGCCAAGGUUACGAUGUGAUCCCCGAUGACUUUGACGCAGCCAGCCUCGACCAUGAGCCUUGCGCCAGCAGGGCCCGGUCCUACACCUUGGACAAUUCCCUUGGGGCCGAAGCCCUGAAUUUCUACUGUGACUCUUGCAAAGCCAAACUCCAGGAGCAGCUGGGCCCUCGAAAAGGUGGGAGGCCCGGCUCCUCUCGUGACAAUAUGGUAGACUUGAUGUCCCUGCCACCGCCUGGGAGCGAAGAGGAGGAGGAGGAGGAAGAUGAGAGCACUUUGCUGUUGCCUGCCAUUGCCGCCCCCCCGCCCGGUUUCCGAGACAACAGUUCCGAUGAGGAUGACCCCAAGCGCCGGGCGGCCCAGAGCCACGAACAAGGACGCCACCUGCGUGGGCUCCUGUAUGAUGAGAUUCCAGUGACACUGAUCGACAGCGUGCAGCCCCGGACAGUCCGAGAUCAUGCCCAGGAGCUAGAUGAUGCCCUGGUGUCCACUCUGCAGGCUCUGGAAGCCCUGGCAGCCUCAGAGGAUGGACCGCACCCCCCACCCCCACAGACUGCAGGUCUGAUUGUGCUGGCCACAAUCACCCCUGAAUCAUCGCUGGACUCAGGCCACGAAACCAACUCUUCGGAGCUCACAGACAUGUCAGAGAUGAUGUCUGCCAUGAAGCAGCACCAGAACACCACCUACUUCCUGGCCCAGCACCUCAACAAGGAGAGCCUCCUGGCUCGCAAGGACCUGCCCUUCCGGAUCCAGAGCUGCGCGGCCCAGGCUGUGCUCACGGCCCCUUACUCUCUUGGGCGCCCAGAUCCCAACCCGGCCCUGCAGCCAGCUGUCACAGGCCAGAGUCCUGGCCCGCCUGGCGCUCGGAGGAAGCUGCCCCCGUCAGAAUCCCAGCCACCACAGCGAGAGCGAGCAUACGCCCUGGCCGUGCACCCAGCAUUGUCCCCACAGCUUAGUGAGCAGAAGAAUCUGAGCCUGCUGUCCCCAGUUCCUGAGGACAAAGGGCCUGGCCACACGAGGGCAGGCCUGGAGAUGUCACUGAGGGCAGCCACACCAUCCCUCAGUGAAGACCAGGUCUCUGAGCUAAGGGAGAACCUGCCCAAAGAAGUCAGGUUGAGCCCCAAGCUUAUCCUGGACCCGAAGGGCAGUGUGACCCCAGCGAUCAUCUCGGCCGCCCUCCAGCAGGUGGUUCACCCUAAGAGCCUACCUGCCCCUAGCGGGGCCAUAGUGAACCCUCCCAGCAGUGGGGAGAGAAGGCUGGAGGCCAGCAUGGGGAGGCCUGAGGUCAGCAUGGGAAGAUCAGAAGUUAGCAUGAUGAGCGGCAGUGCCAGUAAGAAUCUGAAGUUCAAAAUGAGCCCCGGUGCUCCAGAGACCUCCCGGAAUUCCCAGCAGCCGCUAAGCCCAGAGGACUCCUCUGGCUCCAGAGCGCCCACAGGCAGCCGGGCCGACAGCCUGCACCUCUCCCCACAAGAGGACCGGCUGCCUGGGCCAAGUUUCCCUCCUAAAACCUAUCUUGCACGAGCGAGUCGAGAGUCCCUGAGCAAGCCGUCUAUGGGGGAGGUGGCAGGCAAGGCCGGGCCAGAGGGGGCUAAGCCUGCCCUGCACAAGCAGGGCGCCGUCUCCAGCCAGGGGGAGAAGGGGCAGCUGGAGAGCAUGCCCCAGAGCAGCAAGAUCGAGGAGACCAGCCUGGUGCCCCGAGCCAGCUACUCCAUGGCUCUACAGAGCCCCAGCUGCCAGCCGCGAGGCCAGAGCCCGCUGAGGCCCCAGGCUGCCAGCCGGCAGGUGAGCACCAUGCCCUCCAGGAAGCUUGAGACAACCCUGGAUGGAGCGCACUCGGCCUCUGAAGGCCCCGCGAAGCCCAAAUCCUCCCGAGGGCCCUUCCGGCUACGCAAUUUAUUCUCUGCCACCUUCCCGACCCGCCAGAAGAAGGAGACCGAUGAGCGGCAGGCCCAGCUGCAGAAGGUAAAGCAGUAUGAGCUAGAGUUCCUCGAGGAACUUCUGAAGCCCCCCAGCCAGGGGGAGCUGCCGGGUACCGAGUACCUGCAGCCCCCCGCGCCGGGCCGCUGCAGCUGCCAGCUUCGUAGCAGCCCGGUGCAGCAGGGGCCGGGCAUGUCCCGGGAGCAGAGGCGCAGCUGUGACUGCAAGCGCAUCUGCCGGGGGGGCCGCCCUCAGGCCCCCCAGACGCCCGUGCCCGGCCUCCGGGGCCAGGAGAGGGACAGGGUCCCCCCGACCCAGAGGCAGCCGGAGGCCGGCGCAGGCCUGAGCCUCAGCAGCCCCACCAACGUAGGGCGCCUCCGCUCCACCAGCCUGGAAUCCCGGGAGUGCCGAUCGGACCCCGAGAGCGGCGUUUCCUGCCUGACCACGUGUGCCUCAGCGGGGGAGUGUCUCGGAGCUCCCAACUACCGAAAGCUGAUGCGCCGCUACAGUAUCAGUGAACUGGACCAGGGUGACAGGGCCUCGCUGACCUCAGACAUCUACCCACACCCACCCCUGGGCAUGCUGCCCAGGGAGGCCAAGGAGGUAGAGGCAGGCCUCCCCCUAGGCUUGGGUCCCAAAACCAAGUCCCUGGAGUCGCCAACCCUGGGAGACCCCUCAUACGUCCAGGUUGCUCCUGAGACCAAAGGCCCCAGACAGAUGGCAGUGUUCUCGCUGCCAGAAGAGGUGUACCGGAAGCCCGCUGAUCUGGACGAGGACAGUGAGAGUGGUAGAUGCUGCUCCAUCCGCUACUGCUUCUACUACCGCAAGUGCGACAUGGCGGAUGACGCCAGCGACGGCAAGGACGAGCUCUCCUACUCCAUCCCCAUGAAGAUUCUGCCCGGCAUGAAGCUGGACGAGCAGGUGGUGCCCGUGGUGAGCAGAACCCUGCAGGUGCUGGAUGCCGCCACCUGCAGCGGCAGCAGCCCCGAGGCCUCCCGCACCCAGGAGAUCGACCUGCGGGCAUCCACCUUCGAGGGGAGCCUGGCCAAGAUCAAUGCCCUGCGGGCCCACGCCUACGGCCUGCCCGACGGGUUCCUGGCUGCCAGGCUGGACACCAAUGAGCUGCUGACGGUCCUGCGCCAGUGCGUGGCCAGCCCCGAGGCCCGCGCCCCGAAGCCCUAUGUCUCUCAGAUCUCCGAGUAUAAGCUCGAGCUGGCUCUCAAGUUCAAGGAGCUCCGGGCUUCUUGCCGCCGCGUGGCCAACGUGGACAAGAGCCCGACUCACAUGCUGGCGGCCAUCACGGGCAGCUUCCAGGUGCUGAGCAGCCUCAUCGAGACCUUUGUGCGGCUGGUGUUCAUCGUGCGCUCUGAGGCCCAGCGCCAAGAGCUGCUGGCCAAGGUCGAAGAGGUGGUGAGGAACUACACCUUCCUACUGCGCGCCGCUGAGGAGUCCACCACCCGGAACCUUAACCAGCAACAGCAGCAGCCGGCCGCCGCGGCAGCUGUCGGGGCGGCCUCAGGGCACCCCCCGGGCUCCCCGACUCCAGCGACUGUUAUGAGCACAUUCACCCGCUCCUUAAAAACCCUCAUCAAGUAG